AUGGGGCCCUCGCAGGUGGAUGGAUCUUUUCAUUCACCAGAGUGGCAUGCUGCUCGUUUGGCCAGUCUUAAAACUUCUCAUACAAUUACCUGGGAAGAAUUCAAAACGAAGGCAAAAGAUGAAAUAAGAAAGGGUGAACUAGAAGCAGAUACUGAUAGAAUAAUGAUGCGAGAGUACAGAGCUCAAUUAGAUGCUGAAAGAGCCCGCAAGCUGGCCCAUGGAAGGAACCAUUCUAGCGGUAAAUCUAGUCAUAAAAAGGAUAGGAAUGAUAGAGAUUUGAAAAAACACAGCAGCAGAAGGAGAAAGCAUUCAAGACGGAGAUCUUCUGAGUCAAGUUGUUCAAGUUCACCCUCGGAUUCAUCUAGUGAUGAUGAGGAAAGAGAAUCAAGUAGAUCAAAGUCCAGGUCCAAGAGAUCAAAGAAAGAAAAGAAGCGCAAAUCAAGAACCAAGCACUCCAGCAGUGAUGAUGAAGAAGCUGGCGGUCCUGUACCACUUUCAAGAUUCUUUGGAAGUCUGAAGAGUUGA